AUGCCACUAAUAACCAGCAACGACACCAACGACGGCAAUGCCGCGUCGACCCCUCUAUGCCACAUCGUCACGCCCGUAGGCAUGCUCGGGUACGGGCUCAACGAGGACGAGACGACCGACGCCCUGCGCCGCCUCGUCCCGACCGGGGUCCCCACCGCCAUCAUCCUCGACUCCGGCUCCACGGACAGCGGGCCCGACAAGCUCGCGCAGGGGAUCAUGGGCUCCCCACGCACAAUGUACGCGCGCGACCUGCGGAAACUGGUCAAGCUCGUGCACGAGUUCCGCGUGCCGCUGCUCUUCAGCUCGGCCGGCGGCGACGGCGUCGACGCGCACGUGCGCGAGAUCACGGCGGUGAUCGAGGAGAUCGCCAGCGAGGCGGGGAACGAGGCGUACGCGCUCAAGACCAUCGGCAUCUUCGCCAACAUCGACAAGGCCGUCAUCAAGCAGCGGCUCGCCGCGGGCAGGGUAAGCGGCUGCGGGACGUGCGUGCCGCAGCUGACCGAGGACGACGUGGACGCGGCGCCGUGGGUCGUCGCGCAGAUGGGGCCCGAGCCGUUCGUCGACGCGAUGCGCGCGAACCCGGACUUCGACGUCGUCGUCGGCGGGCGCGCCUACGACCCCGCCCCCUACGUCGCGUACUGCGCGUACGUCUCGGGCGCGAAGGCCGAGGACUGGGGCUCCCCCGAGACGCAGAGGAUCUUCGGGGGGUUCACGCACAUGGGCAAGAUCCUGGAGUGCGGCGGGACGUGCGCGGAGCCCAAGUCGCACGGCGCGAUCGCGACGGUGUACCGCGACGGCGGGUUUGUGAUUUCGCCGCUGACGCCGUCGGCGCGGUGCACGCCGGUUUCGGUUGCCGCGCACACGAUGUACGAGAAGACGCGGCCGGAUAUUCUGCACGGGCCUGGAGGGUACUUAGACUUGAACACGGCGACGUACGAGCAGCUCGAGGACAACAGGUCGAUCAGGGUGGCGGGCAGCACGUUCCACUUCUCCCAGGAGAGCGGGCGGCCGUACCAGCUCAAGCUGGAGGCGGGGUGUAUCAUUGGCUACCGGUCCAUGUUCUUGGGUAGCAUUCGAGACCCAAUCCUAAUCCAGCAAUUCGACUCCCUGACCAAGCUGGUCAAGGGGUACGUGAAGAGCCAGCACAGCCACGUCACCGUGGACUGGGACUUCGACUUCCACGUCUACGGGAAGCCGGAGGGCGGCGCAGACAACGCGCUAGUCACACAGGAGCAGCAGCAGCAGGCGAACGAGCUGUUUAUCAUUGGCGAGGCGCUGGCCCCGACGCAGGAGCUGGCGACGAGCAUUGCGGCGACGGCUAGGAUUGCUGUUAUUCACGGCAGCUACCCCGGCCAAAAAGCCACCGCCGGCAACUUCGCCUUCGGCAUCGGCGGCAAGACCGUCAUCGAGCUAGGCCCUUGCUCCAAGUUCUGCGUGUACCACCUGAUGGACCUGGACGAAGGGGAGGAGCAUCUCACAGUAUCCGACGACUCGGGCAAGAAGUUGCUCUUCAAGCAGAACGUGUCCCUGAUCGGCAAGGGUGACCGAUCCUCGCGUGCCGCUGCUGCUGCCGCUGCCCCUGUACUAUUAUCCCCCCCCACUGCGACCACGACGACCACCGCCGCUGAUGCUGCAGCAGCUGCUCCAGCGAAUGGCAACGCCGCGGCAACGAACGGCAACGGGGCCAACAAGCCGAACGGCGAAAAACUAGCCGCCACCUCCCCAUCCCAAUCCCCCCCCAAAACCCUCGGCGACCUCGCAAAAGUCGUGCGCUCGAAGAACUCGGGGCCCUACGAGAUAACGCUGGACCUGAUCUUCGAGUCGCGCAGCACGUACCUGCAAGUGCGCAAGUCCGGGCUGCUCUCGACGCGGGCCGUGGCCGCGGCGUACGGCAUCGCGGAGGCGGACGUGAUCUGGUGCGGGUUCUUCGACCCCGCGCAGGCGUUCAAGGCGACGAUCCCGAGGACGACGAGGGAGGGGAGGAGGGUGGCGGGCGGCAGCUUCAUGGAGAACGACGUGCAUGGGUCCCAGAAGCAUCUCCCGCUCGUGAGGCUGAGGUUGCCGCGGGAGUUGGUUGAGGCGCUUGGGUAG